AUAUUUUGUUAGCCGAGAGCAGAAUGGGAUUCUUGCUCUCCGGGCUCCGGUUUAAUACAGGCGUCACUCAGGCGGAGGAAAGCCCUUCGCUCCCAACUGCUCUCGGAGCGGAGCCGUCCUCCCUCCCACUACCAUCCAGUCCAGGCCUCACUUCACCCUUAACGCCUACCAAACUUACAGCCCUCUCCAUAACUGCUGCUGCUCUCCUCCCUCCGCCUCCCCUCCUGCUCCCGAGCUACCAUUCUCCGUCGAUCUCCUCGACUCCUCCAGGCUCUACCGCGCGCUACCACCACGUUCGCCCAUGGCCUCGGGGUCGUCGAACCCGGACAGCAUGGACACGGACCCUCCUGGCGGCCUCUCCAUCGCCGUCGAGCGCAACCCGCCGGAGUCGCGCCUGCAGCAGCUCGGCGUCAGGUCCUGGCCCAAGUGGGGUUGCCCGCCGGGGAAGUUCCCGGUGAAGUUCGACGCGCGGCAGACGUGCUACCUGCUCAAGGGCAAGGUGCGGGCGCACAUCAAGGGUUCGUCCGAGUGCGUGGAGUUCGGCGCCGGCGACCUCGUCGUCUUCCCCAAGGGGCUCAGCUGCACCUGGGACGUCGUCGCCGCCGUCGACAAGUACUACAAGUUCGACUCGUCCUGACUCCUCAGACUUCAGAUCGCUCGCGCGCGGGGGGGCCUCCGUUCGUCCGCUGAUGAUUUGAUCCAUCCCGAUUAUUGAUUCAGCUGCUAGCUUAAGUUAAUUGUGCUGAUUAGCCUAAUUCUCUAGCUAAUUUGCUUACGUAGCCUGCUGUUUCUAUCUCUAAUCGCCUUCUGUGUGUCGUGUAAAAAAAAUGGAGGAGGUGCAGGGCAUCUACUAGCUCCCUGCGUAGGCCAGUAGUUAGUUUUAUUCAUCCGGGAACUGAAAAAGAAAACCCGGUCAAUGCGGGGGCUGUUCAAAGUAUGCUUUGUUUAUUCCUCGAGUGCCAUCCAUUUUGAAUGCUUCUUUGACCAGCGUCUUUGGACUGAGCUGUCUUUUUUCUAUUUCUUUUCUUUUUUAUAAUAGGAGUAUUUAGAAAAUCUG